CGUGCGUGCUAGCUCUUGCUUGUAUUUUCUUGUAUUAUUUGGCACAGUCUGAGCAGCUGUAGCUGUACCACUGGCUGAUAAAGCAGCUUGCUUUACCUGUUAGAGUCCCGUCUUAAUAAACCACUGCAUUCGAGAAUCCUGAAAAACCUGGGAGAGUCUGCCUUCAUUUCCACGCAACUCUACGAACGUCGUAAACUGGAUGCUGUUGGAGACCCAGCUUCGAAGAACGUGCUGAUACCUCUGUCAGCCUCCCUGUGUAGCAGCGAUGGGUCUGUGGGUGCUCCUCUGUGUUCUUGCCCUCCAAUUUGUUAGGACCCUGGGCUGUCCGGCCGGGUGCCGGUGCUAUAGCCUGACGGUGGAGUGCGGCUCGAUUGGGCUGAGAGAGAUCCCAGCUGAUGUCCCUCCGACCACUCAGACCAUCUUCCUGCAGGAUAACUCCAUCGGUCAGAUCCGUCAGCAGGACCUGUCUCGCCUGAGCCAGCUCCACUACCUGUACCUGCAGAACAACAGCAUCUCAGCGCUGGAGCCCGGCGCCUUCCACAGCCAGCAGCAGCUGCUCGAGCUGGCCCUGAAUGGGAACCGCAUCCACCUGGUGAGCGGCAACGUCUUCCAGGGUCUGGAGCACCUGCGCAUCCUCUACCUGGCAGGGAACCAGAUCACACGGCUGCACGACUUCACCUUCCACGGCCUGCAGAGGCUGCAGGAGCUGCACUUGCAGGAGAACAGUGUGGAGCUUCUGGGAGAGCAGGCGCUGGCCGGCCUCUCCUCCCUGGCACUGCUGGACCUGAGUCGCAACAACCUGCGUACCCUGAGCCAGGCCUCGCUGCGCCCACUCGCCAGCCUGCAGGUCCUGCGUGUCACAGAUAACCCGUGGCGUUGUGACUGCGCACUGCACUGGCUGCGGAGCUGGAUCAACGAGGAGGGGCAGCGCCUCCUAAGCUCUGCCGAGCGAAGGCUUGUGUGCGCCGAGCCACCUCGCCUCUCUCACCAGAGCCUAGUGGAGGUGCCAGGGAACAGCCUGGUCUGCAUCCCCCCUGUGGUGCAACUGGAGCCCAAACACCUGACCGUGCGGCUGGGGGAGAACCUGCGCGUGUCUUGCCAGGCCUCUGGCUACCCCCAGCCACUGGUCACGUGGAGGAAAGUGUCUCAGACCAAGGCGUCCCCCAAAGUCUCCGAAGAAGAAGGAAGAGGUGGAACCGUGGAGCCCAGCAAGGGAGUCCGAAGGGACCGCUUUGACCCGGACAAGGGCAGCGGGAUGCUCUUCCUGAGCAACGUGACCAUGGCACACGUAGGCCGCUACGAAUGCGAGGCCUGGAACCCAGGCGGCGUGGCCAGGGUGACCUUUCACCUGUCGGUCAACCUCUCCUCCUCCAGCCAGCGUCCCUACAUGCCGGUAGACAUCAGCCAGGAGCCUCUCUACGACUUGGACAGCAUGGACUUCAAUGCCCUCAGCAUGGCCACCCAGACCACCAUCGCCAUUGGCAUCUCCAUGCUGGCCCUCACCGCCCUGCUCCUCAUCGCCAUGAUCUACAGCCGGCACCGCCACCGCAAGAAGGGACCGAAGGAGGAGAGCAUCCUCUACGUCAACGACUACUCGGACGGGCCCACCACGUUUGCCCAGCUGGAGGAGUACCGCGACGAGCGGGGCCACGAGAUGUACGUGCUCAACCGCAGCAAGCCCGUCUUCAUGGGCAGCUACAGCGGGCAGCAAGGAGAGCUCACUCCAGAGCAGCUGCAGGAUCAGGCCACACAGACUGUGGUGCCGGGACUAGGGGAGAAGAGUGAGGAGGAAGGGGAGAGGGGCGAGGAGGCACUCUUCAUUAACCAGAGCCUGCUAUUUGACACGCACAUCGCCUAUGAGAUCCACUGCUGAUAGACUGGCAGCAGGAAUUGCAAGGCCUUUAAUGAGCCCUGGGAUUAAAGGAAAAUGCUACAGGGGGGGGGGGGGGUGGGUCUUUAAAAUCUUAAAAGGGGUUGACAAAGUGAACCUAAACCAUUACUUCAAGUGCAGCACAGAAACGAGGAUCAGUGAACACUUAGCUGGCAAUAAGGUGUAAAUAAACUCCACGCUUUUUUCACACAGAGUAGGGGGGUAUGGAAUGGGUUACCAUGUUGUUGAUGCUGAAUCGUUGGGAUCCUCUACACUGUGCUUGAUUAAUAAUGAUCAUGCCCAGGCCACAUGCAUGACAUAUUGACAAGAUGAAGCCGGUCAUUUUUUUCUGAAAGAUAUGCUUAUGUUACAGAAAACCCCAAAUCCUUGGUUUAUAUUCCAAACACAACUGAAAGGGUGCAAAAGAUUUGCUCAUGAUUAUUUGCUGAGGAUAUUUGUGUUAUAAUUUUUUUUACAAGAAAACAAUAACUCUUUGAACAUGUGUCUAUAUUUAGUUUAUGUUGAAUUGCUGGAAAAAAAAAAAUCUUGGGGAAAAAGUACACCUUCAAAUAGUGCUGAGACGAACAUAGGUUUUUCAUAUUAGAAUUUUUUUUUUUUAAAUCUAAAGGAAACUUUAAAAAAUCUUUCAAAUUGAAUUAGCUGGAAAACAAAAGCAUAAUUCUUAUUACAAUAAAACAUAUCUCUCCAUAAAAUUGAAAAACGUUUAAACGUUUCAACUCUAAACGACUAACAUCUGUAUUCACUUUCAUUCAGUGUUACAGCUUGUUAAACCACUGACUGAAUGGUCAGUGAUAUUGCUGGUGGUGUUUCAUUUUUGUUCUGAAUAAGACGUUUAAAGUAUAACUUUUAUUGUGACUUUAUUUCUGAUCCAGUUUCCUAUAGUUGACGUUUCACUCAAUUUCAUUUCUAGACGAUGUUUAAGACUGCACUCUUUGGUACCAUGUCACUUUGAAAAUCUGUCUGUUUGCACCAGUGUUAGAGCCUAGGAGAACUGUGUUUCCACACACUGCCUUUAGGGUUUGUUGUACAGCAAUCGAACCCGGCUCCUCCCUGGUUUUCUAAUGAGGUCAAAUGAUCUGUUAUUACUGAGUAACAGAACAGCACGGCCAGGAUGACACUAAUUAGUGACAUCUGAUGCCAUGGGCGCUCGUUAACUCUUUCAGUGGACUAAAAUCAUUAUUUCGUACUGUGGCAAAGUGACUGGAUACAGGUGAGUGCAGUGCAG